UUCUGGGCCGCUGACUUGUCCUGGAGGUCAGGGUGGUCUUUUAUCCUCUUAGCCUCGACUGAUGGGUCUUGCCUCAAAUACCCAGUCGGCCCUCUCCGGAAAGAAACCUUGACCUUUCCCGUGAAAAUAACCCUUACUUUCAUGCUGGCUGAAAUAAACACUACUUUGUGUCUGUGAGUUGCAGGAGCUGCACACAAUUUAAGGGGUGCAAAGGCUGCUAGAAAGAUGGAGAAAAAUAGUAGGAGAGAAGGAAAGAAGAGGAUAGAAAAAUAAUUAAACAUAACAAAACAGAUGAUAAUACUAAUAAUUAAUGACACCAUGUCAUUGAUUGAUGUGAUGUCUGAUAGUAAUAGACAGUAAGUUAAACUGGCUCAAACAUUAAAAGACAUACAUUGGUAGUACUAUACACAGCAAAUAAUGGACCAAAAGUAGAUUGAUUUACAACGUUAACGUUGCAUAUGACUACUGUACAUCAAAUCGAUCGUCAAUACUAUAUAUUCUCUAUAGUAUUGAAGAUCGAAAAUACUAUAUAUUCUCCUACAUACCAUUUCAGUUUUGAAGCAGCGUCGCGUUUUACCAUCCAGCUAAAAAGUGUAGGCCUAUCCUAUAUGAAGGUCCGCGAUAAGUGUUGUUGACAGGUAAGACCAUUGUAAUAACCUAACCUAAAUAACGGAAACUCGGGACAGCGCCAAAUGUCCACCAGUGGCAGGAAAUAUAUUACAUCCGUACUGUUAAGAACUACCAUUGAGAAUGAAUGGGGAAAGUUAAGGAAGUUAAGCUUAACCAUUUUCGGCUCCCGCACGGGAGGCCCGGGUACGAUUCCCGGCCAAUGCAACGUCUUUUUCGUGCCAUUUCCUCCCGGUAGGCACUUGACCUACCGGGCAGUAGUGUUUUUCGUUCUGAUUUCAGACUGGGUUUCUGUAAGAGAGCUUUGGGGUGAACUAUGUCCCAGAGAUCGAUCUUCAUUACUGCGCAGACCGGUCAUGGUUCAUACCACGAGGCGCCAAGCGGCUCGGAGAACACCAACAUCUGCUGGUCCUGGUCUGCACCAAGUCCCGGUCCCAUGGGCUCUACCGGAAGGGCUCCACUCUAUAGAGUGGCGAAGUCACGCCCCUUCUUUCAGAGGCUUUUGGACCUGAAGCAGCCUGAUGUGGAGCUGCCAGCUGUGUUUGAUCCUCUGCUCAUUUGGGAACUGAACGCAGCCUGUCAAAGGGGGACAGGGGUGACAAAAUACCCAACCCUGCACAUAUCAAACAGGGACACAGGGGAGAGAUUCGGUCUGCAGUAUGUGGAGCCAGGCUGUCGUCCUGUGGUUUUAAACUGGGACACACACAGGACACAGCACAACACCUCUGCUGCUGUAACCGUGGAGACACAGCUGCACUCCUCUGCCCAGGAUGAAGUGCAUGACAUUUCUGCUGCUGUAGCGGGCACAGACUCUCAGGAGACCAGUGAUGGCACUGCCCAGUACAGCCCAGUGGGAGCAGUGCCGAUCCUCCAUUUCCAGCCACUGAUGCCAGCAUCUGCCACAGCCAAAGAGUCUCACUCUUUGAUGGAUACAGACCUGCGAGGGGUAGCGCCACUGCCCAUAUCCUGCUCUCCUCGAGCCGCCCGCACUGGACCCAUUAAGACGGGAGGCCUGGUUCAAGUCCUGGACCACGGCCGGUGGACGGCCCCCUUGAGAGCAGCCACCGAUGGGCUUCUGGCUAAACACCAUGGAGCCAAGGGUAUUCUAAAGAGGGUGGAUGCAGAAAUAUGCUGCCACGGUGCAGAGGCCGUGCACUGAUCCCAACAGCCCCCUUCAUCCUACCACAUGCCAACAUAUCUCCAGAUAUUUAAAGCAUCUGGCCAAGCUGAAGAACACCAACUCCUCUCUCAACACUAGCCCAGAGAAGGUUUUGGAGACUCAGCAGCUGUGGCAGAGUUUGACCACAGGCAGCCAAACAGUCUGUGUACCCGUCACAACCCUGCCUCCUGCAACCGUCAACCCUCCAGCUGUGGCUCCCUCCCCCGGAGGAGUCACUGAGCCGGGCCACAGUGGAGAAGGUCGUGACAGAGAUCCUGCAGAAACAGCAGCAACAACCACAGCAGAAGAAAAAGGUGCCGUCAAGUACUUCUACUGCUCCACACGGGUCUUUAAAAUGCAUGGAGAUGAAGGCCUCAAAGACCCCAGGAUGUCUUUUGAGGACUUUGCUGCCUCCCCCUUUUUUGCCAGGGAGCUUGAGGCUGUAGAAGAGAGGAGUGCAGCGUGCAAGAAUGUGGCAGAGAGGACAAAGAGAAAGUCUGCACUGCAGCGUCCAACAGGUCGCCUGUUCAGAUUUUGUCACCAGCCACUGAAGCAGGGUCCUGGCAGCCCUCAUGUCCAUGCCUGUUUCCCUGACAUCCGCAGGAAAUACAUAUACUGCCCCUCCAGAGUGUUGUCCCUUUACAAGGACAAGGGCAUGGCCAAGGAGUUGACCUGGAUGGAGUUCCAGCAGUCAGACAUUUUUGAGGCAGACAGGGGCCGAUAGGUUUCA